AUGAAUUUUGCGUUAAAUAGCAACGGUCGCUCUCCGACUGACCAUAAAAAUCUGAAACAUUUUCGCGCCAUAAUUUAUUACAACUUUCAGAGACAAUUAUCGCAACAAGAAUGCCUUGCUGAGUUACUGUCUGUUUUCGACAACGAAGCGCCACAUCAGUCAACAAUUUCCCGUUGGUAUGUAGAAUUCAAACGUGGACGGGUGAGUCUUAGCAACGAUCGCAGGGUGGGUGCACCAAAAACGGCAGUCACCCAAGAAAACGUCGAUGCUGUGCGCAAACUCAUCAUUGAAGAUAGACAUGUGACAUAUCGCGAGAUUGAGGCGUCCUUAAAGAUCUCAAAGACCUCAAUUCAAAAAAUUUCACAUGAAGAAUUAGGAGUAAGGAAAUUAGUUUCUCGUUGGAUACCCCAACUGUUGACUGACGAGCAGAAAGCAGCCAGGGUUAAUUGGUGUCAAAAAACGCUUGACCGUUUCGAUUCCGGAAACUCAAAAAAUGCAUUUCAGCUGGCUGUUUGGGUGUUACAAGGUGAAGAAAAGCCAACAAAAGUCAUCCGUUCUCGAAGUGUUUCGAAAAAGAUGCGGGGUCAUAUUGCAACAAUUUCUCUUAACGAGCAAAGAACUGUUACUUCGGAUUGGUAUACCACCAUUUGUUUGCCAAAAGUCAUCACCGAGCUGCGAAAAAUCAACCGCGAAAGAAGAAUCAUCCUCCACCAAGACAAUGCAAGCUCGCACACAACCCAAAAAACAAGGCAGUAUUUAACGGAAGAAAACGUGGAAUUAUUGGACCAUCCUCCAUAUAGUCCCGAUCUAAGUCCUAACGAUUUUUUUACUUUCCCGAAAAUUAAAAACAGACUGCGUGGUCAAAGGUUCCAGUCACCAGAAGCAGUUAACACAUUCAAAAAUGCCGUUUUGGAUCUGCCAGCAAACGAGUGGAAUAAGUGCUUCGAAAAUUGGUUCGAGCCCAUGCAGAUGUGUAUUAAUCUUCGUGGAGAAUACUUUCAAAAACAAUAAAGUUAUUUAAAAC